AUUGGAAGCUCUCUCUCUCUCUUAUAUGUCUACAGUAGAUAUCUACACUUGCUGGGGAAGUAGGUAAUUCAUGUGUUAAUUAAUUGUAGCAGUUGAUUGGAAGAGACUUGCAUUAUUAUUUGAGUAAAAGAAUGGCAUCAAUGGAGCAACCGACGCCAUCUCUGAAGAGACGUGAUUCAAUGGCAUCAAGAGAAGGGGAUCAGCUGAUUAUAACCCCUUUAGGGGCUGGCAGUGAAGUGGGUCGGUCCUGCGUUUACAUGUCUUACAAAGGGAAAACUGUUAUGUUUGACUGUGGAAUUCAUCCUGCGUACUCAGGCAUGGCUGCUUUGCCCUACUUUGAUGAAAUUGAUCCUUCAACAAUCGAUGUUCUUCUUGUUACCCAUUUUCACUUGGAUCAUGCUGCAUCCCUUCCAUAUUUCCUAGAGAAGACAACAUUCAAAGGGCGGGUUUUUAUGACACAUGCAACAAAGGCUAUCUACAAGUUGCUUUUGUCUGAUUACGUGAAAGUGAGCAAAGUUUCAGUUGAAGACAUGUUGUACAAUGAACAAGACAUUCUUCGCUCCAUGGAUAGAAUAGAGGUUAUCGAUUUCCAUCAGACUUUAGAAGUAAAUGGUAUCCGGUUCUGGUGUUACACCGCUGGCCACGUCCUUGGUGCUGCCAUGUUCAUGGUUGACAUUGCUGGUGUUCGAGUCCUGUACACUGGAGACUAUUCACGUGAAGAAGACCGGCAUCUCCGAGCUGCUGAGCUCCCACAGUUCUCCCCUGACAUUUGCAUUAUUGAAUCCACUUACGGUGUUCAACUUCAUCAGCCGCGCCAUAUUCGAGAGAAGCGCUUCACGGAUGUCAUUCACUCUACCCUUUCACAAGGAGGUCGUGUCCUAAUCCCAGCAUUUGCCCUUGGCCGUGCACAAGAACUCCUCCUGAUCCUUGAUGAAUAUUGGUCAAACCAUCCCGAGCUCCAUAACAUUCCCAUAUACUAUGCUUCCCCUCUUGCAAAAAGGUGCAUGGCUGUUUAUCAGACCUACAUCAAUGCCAUGAACGAGAGGAUCCGCAAUCAAUUUGCCAACUCAAACCCUUUUGAUUUCAAACACAUAUCGGCGCUGAGUAGUAUUGAGAAUUUUAAUGAUGUAGGCCCAUCGGUUGUGAUGGCAAGCCCAAGUGGGCUUCAGAGUGGGUUGUCUCGACAGUUAUUUGAUAAGUGGUGCUCUGACAAGAAAAAUGCUUGCGUUAUUCCUGGGUAUGUUGUGGAAGGUACAUUGGCAAAAACGAUCAUUAACGAACCAAAGGAAGUUACCCUUAUGAAUGGCCUCACUGCUCCUCUUAACAUGCAGGUACAUUACAUUUCCUUCUCGGCUCAUGCAGAUUAUGCCCAGACGAGUGCAUUCUUGGAAGAGCUUAUGCCUCCUAACAUAAUUCUUGUUCAUGGAGAAGCCAAUGAGAUGGGGAGGCUCAAGCAGAAGCUUAUUUCUCUGUUUGCUGAUGGCAACACCAAAAUUAUUUCUCCUAAGAACUGCCAGUCUGUUGAAAUGUAUUUCAACUCCGAGAAAAUGGCAAAAACUAUUGGAAGGUUGGCUGAAAAGACCCCUGAAGUUGGUGAAACUGUCAGUGGUUUGCUGGUAAAGAAAGGGUUCACUUAUCAGAUCAUGGCACCUGAUGAUCUUCAUGUGUUCUCACAACUAUCAACUGCAAAUGUCACACAAAGGAUUACCAUUCCUUACUCAGGUGCCUUUGCAGUGAUAAAACACAGACUCAAGCAGAUAUACGAGAGUGUGGAGUGUUUGACAGAUGAGGAAUCUGGGGUUCCAACCUUGCGAGUGCAUGAUUGUGUAACAGUGAAGCAGGAAUCAGAAAAGCAUAUUUCAAUGCAUUGGACGGCCGAUCCUAUUAGUGAUAUGGUGUCGGACUCUAUUGUGGCUCUGGUUUUAAAUGCCAGCAGGGAGAUGCCUAAGGUGGUGGUGGAGUCGGAGCCUGAAACAAAUGAAGCAGAAAAUGAGAAGAAAGCAGAGAAAAUCAUCCGCUCACUCCUCGUUUCUCUCUUUGGAGAUGUUAAGGUUGGAGAGGAUGGGAAGCUGGUGAUAAGUGUUGAUGGGACUGUGGCUCAUCUCGAUAAACAGACUGGUGAUGUUGAAAGCGAAAAUGAAGGUCUAAAAGAACGUGUGAAGAUGGCGUUUCGUCGGAUUCGAAGUGCUAUGAAGCCAAUUCCACUCUCUGCAUCUUAGCUUCCGUUCAUACUUUUUUACUAUGAUGUUAAACCUUCAACGAGUGUAGUUGAUCUUUGAUGUUACCAUGCUGUUAAACCUUCAAUGAGUGUAGUUGAUCUUUGAUGUUUUGUAGGCUCUAUAGAAUGAAAGCCAACACUAAUUCUCAA